CAGUUUGCAUCGUACUGACAUAGACAAUGUGUUCGCGUAACCUUUACAAAGUUGAUAGAUAAACAAUAACAGUGUUUUGAAAGUGAAAUUCAAAUAGUUUCAUCAGUGUUGAAUAAUUUCCGAGUAUAAUGAACGACAAAGUUUCAAACAAAGCGAACUUGUAGUACAUAAUAUCGUCAUAUUCGAAUAAAUGAGGAAGAAAAAACGAAAAGGUGAUAUUUCCAAGUUGCACUCCAAACAGUGGAAAUGGCGCACCCUGUACAUGCAGAAAACAAAAAACACAUGCAUCACUGCGACAUCGCAUGCCUGUCAAUAUGUGACGUUUCUACCUGAAUUUAUCAGCGCUUAAUUUUUUUAUACCGCCAAAAUGACCCUAGAAGACAAACCGAUUUUACGACGCCAGAAAAUGCAAUCCAGAGGCAUCUUGGAAAUCGAAGCACAUAGUGGCGCCAGUAUCGCCAAGGUCACCAAGAAUGAGUACACGUUCUCCAGCUCUCCAAGAGCCUUGUACUCUAACAGGAAAAUGGUGACACGAGAAGACGUACCUAUCCCAUAUGCCAAUGUGAUGUUCGAGAAGAGAAUCUUCAGAGGCAGCAACUUCGCUCCGAACAUGUUUUGCCAGGGAGAUGGCGAAUCUGGGGCAGCUCGAGCUGCAGAAGCCAAACGAAGAGCUGCGGCAAGAAAAAAGGCCAAGAGCCAGUUCAGAUCGUCACAGCUACGACUUUCCUCACCUCCAAUAAUCCAAGGAAGGAAGCACGAGCGUGUCCAAACUGAGGUUUAUCUGGAGGAGAUCUUCGUCAAUCCUCCAGUCACAGAUAUGUGCACUCAAACAGACCUCUUCCUGGAAAGACCGGUAUCCCCGUUCUACGUGCCCGCCAAAACAGGAGCAGACGUGGCGACCCAGAUCUACCCUGGAGAUCUAUUCGACUUCGACCUGGAGGUGCAGCCAAUUCUAGAGGUACUUGUCGGCAAAACCAUUGAGCAGGCUUUGAUCGAAGUGCUAGAAGAAGAGGAGCUUGCAGCUCUAAGGGAGCAGCAAAGAAAGUUCCUCGAGCUGCGAGCAGCUGAAACCGCCGAAGCAAUUCGCCUGGAAGAGCGGGAAAAGAGGUUGAAUAGGGAGAAGGAAAGGAGGAUUCAGGAAUGCGAGGCAGGUCUGCAAGCGCAGAAGGACAUGGAAGAAAGAAUCGCAGCAGCUGUGCUCAUGCAAGGUUACAUGGCCAACUUGCUACCCUCUGUUCUGGAGGGGCUGGAAACUGACGGAUUCUUGCUGGACAGUAUAAAGCAGGAUCUUGAUGAAGGCUUCAUGCCUUGGUUGCUGAAAGAAGUUUCGCAUGAGCUGCAGGACGUGGUAAGCAGUCGUGAUAUACUCACUGACAUUGUCAAGGAGAUUCUGGAGAAUCGUGCCGAGAUAUACCAAGCUCUCAACAAGGAGUAUCCAAAGGAGGAGAUUGAAGAGGAAGGACCUAGUGUCGAAGACGACAUUUUGAAUGAACACCUCAAGUUACAGAAGGAAAUAAAGAAGAAGAAUGAGGACGCGGAAAAUGCCUGAAACAAAUCGACCUGAAAUGUUGCUUGUUAGUACUUUGGAACGUAUAUCUGAGAAAUGUACAAGUUUAUAUUGUAUAUAUGAGAACAAUAUAUUAUUCUUUGUUAUU